UGUCAUUCGAAACGAAGCAGAGCUGCUGCGGGAUGCGGAUAUGAGGACAAAGAUUGCACCUGAAAUCAAACGCUAUGUGACGACGGCUAGCUUUCUGAUAAAAUUAAUGUUUACAUUCUCCUAAAUUUGUCAAAACAAUGAAACUACGCAACUUCCGGAAUCUCAUUCGCCGAGUAGUUUUCCCCAGCUAGCUAUGCUUCAUAGAAAAUAUGACGAAGUCAGCAGUGACUGUCUCGUAGCAGCGACAAUGCUCAGGCCUGUCAUAACCGGCUCUUUCAGAUUUUCUCCGUCACAUCAAUGACUAUGGAUGUCAGAGCAGUUCUGGAGUUCGCCACAGUCACCAGGGGUCUGUCACUGUUUUUACAGGCUGUUUUAAAUGCUCUCAUCCCUGACCAUGAUGCUGAUGCGUUCAGGCCCCCACGGACAGAGGAGCAUCUGUACUUGGACUCUGCAGUGGAGUGGUUAUUAGGUGGCCUCUCUCACUGGGAUGCUGAGCAUUUCCUCUUCAUCGCUGAGAGAGGAUACCUCUAUGAGCACAACUUUGCUUUUUUCCCCCUCUUCCCUGUCAUCCUGCGAGGCCUGGCAGAGACGCUGCUGUGGCCCCUGAGCAGCUGGCUGAGUGUGCGUGGGCGUCUGCUGGUGGCUGUUGCUCUGGGGAACAGUGCCCUCUUCCUGUUGAGCGUGGUCGCCCUGUAUGCGCUCAGCAGGAUAGUUCUCCAGGACAGACGUCUCGCUCUGCUCUCCACCCUGCUCUACUGCAUCACACCCGCCAAUGUUUUUAUGAUGGCUGCAUACUCAGAGAGCCUGUUUGCUGCGCUCACAUUCGGUGGUCUGUUCCUCCUGGAGAAAGGAUUCACCUUCCGAGCCUGCCUGGCUCUCAGUAUAGCCACUGCAGCACGAUCUAACGGACUUGUUAACAUAGGGUUUCUACUGUAUCUUCCAUCACUGCACGCCAUUUCCCAAAUCCGUGUAUACCGAGCAACGACAAAAGGCCACAGUAAAGUCUUCCACUAUAUUUGGGCCAUCAUCCGUCUCCUGCUCACCUCCCUCUUGGGAACUGCAAUUAUUGCCCUUCCCUUCUGUGCUUUCCAGUACUAUGGGUACAGGACGUUUUGCACGCCGUCUGUCUCCUUAGAACGCAUCUCCCCUGCUCUUCUCUCUCUGGGUGAACUGAAGGGCUACCGGGUUCCAGAUGAAAAUGGUCCACCGCCCCUCUGGUGCAUGAGACCUCUCCCCCUGCUGUAUUCUCAUAUCCAGGAUGUUUAUUGGGAUGUGGGAUUCCUCCGCUACUUUGAGCUAAAGCAGAUACCAAACUUCAUUCUGGCUCUACCUAUGGCUACCCUCGGCAUAAUGGCAGCUUACGCAUAUUUCCAAGCCAAUCCAGAACUGUGUCUGAGACUCGGACUUUGGGAGACAGGCGCAAAUAAAGGGCUUGACAAACCCUUACCGGGAAUGUUCAACCCCAGAGUGUUUGUGUAUGUUGUACAUUCAACAGUGCUCCUGGUGUUUGGGACCUUGUGUAUGCAUGUACAGGUCCUGACCAGAUUCAUGGCCUCCUCGUCUCCCGUGCCCUUCUGGAUAAGUGCUCACCUGCUCCUUCUUAAUGAACCACUCCUUCAUCGAAGGAAAACAUCAAAUCCCAAUGUACAGCUACAGACGCAUUCCAGGAACGGAUGCAAGCACACACCUCAAAACCCCAUCAUUGCACUGCUGCCACAUUUUAAAGCCUGUUCUUCGACUACACAGAGCAUCCUGGGAUACUUCCUGUCUUACUGGGUGCUUGGCCUGGCUCUGCAUUGUAACUUCUUGCCAUGGACAUGACUUAAGACAUUACUCUGAGCUUUAAAUGCAAUAUUUCCAUGUAGGACUGGGCUAUAUACCUUACUUUAAAACAUAUUAACACAAGUGUUUUACAGUACAUCAUCAGUAUUCAGUUUUUGCAACACUUUGUCAAUGUUACAUUUAUUAAAAAGAUAAAAUCAUUUACUUUUAUUUGGGUGAAUUAAUCCAAUGCAAAGAAAGGGAAAACACAAUUAUAUGGCCCAGUCCUACAUACAAGUUACAGACAUGGUUACAUUUUUUAUGCUGGUUUAUUCAUGCAAUAGUAAUUAGUCAACAAAUUUGAUUUGAGCAUCUCUGUUAAAUGUAUUUAUAACAGUUUGAGAACAAACUCAAAUGUACAAUAUUCCUGAAACUGUAUCGAACACUGUUCAGUUGUAAAUAUUGGAAAGACUAUGGUUCUACUUGAAAUGGAAAUAUUUUUAUUUCUUGCUGCGGUUUUGCUGAAGCAAAACAUUUGAUUUUCUCCUUAAUUUAAUAUUGCACUGCAUGUUUGGGAAGGUUAAUCCAAUUUAUAGUUUGAGAUUUUUUUUGAAUGUGAAUGAAAAAAAAAUAAAGCUUUUGUUGCUGUUAAAGGAUCCUCAGUCUAGUUUCAUGUAAAGGAAAUCCUUUUACUUGAGGCAUUUAAUGUAAAACUGCUGUAUUGUGUUUCGAUGUAAAUAACUUUGGCUGCUGAAGUUGCACUGGCAAGUUUAGCCUUGAAUUUAAUAUUAAACUAAAUGUGAUAAAGCUAAACAACAUAUGUGUA